GAAAAACUGACAGAGCAGGUUGAGCGGUGUUUGAACCGGACCAGAAUAGAAAACAGGUGGAAAGGAGACAAGUAGAUCUUUGGACAAACACGAUGACCCCGGCCCCACCUGUCCCCAAACCUCGAGCUCGUUAUGCACGCGACAGCUUAGGCUCCGCCUCUUCUCCGGACAGAGAUCCGAUUUGCCAGAAUGCGUCAGAUGGAGUUCUGCCAAGGACAGAUGAAGAUCCCCCUCUUGAUUCCACUGCUGAAUCGCCGGAUUUACAGACACUGGCGGGUGUUGCUGACAUACCACCAACGGACGCAAGUGACUCUGCUCAUGGCCCACCAAUUGUACCCGACCCCUCGUCCCCUCCAUCCAUGCAAAGUAUGGUCAGCAGCAUUAAAAGCAGCAUACCAAGUUUAGCAGGAACUGCUGACACCAUUGCUAACCCUGCCGUUACUAUACAAAGCUCCUCCACCUCGUCCCCUCCAUCCAUACAAAGCAUGGACAUGAGCAGCCGCACACCAAGUUUAGAUGGAACUGUUAGCACCCUUGCUAACUCUGCUGUUACUACGCAGAGCUCCUCCACCUCGUCCCCUUCCUCCAUACAAAGCAUGGUCAGCAGCAUUGCGAACCACACACCCAGUUUGGAUGGAACUGCUAGCACCACUGCUAACCCUGUGGUUACUACGCAGAGCUCCUCCACCUCGUCCCCUUCCUCCAUACAAAGCAUGGUCAGCAGCAAUGCAAACCGCACACCAAGUUUAGAUGGAACUGCGAGCACCACUGCUAACCCUGCGGUUACUGCGCAAAGCUCCUCCACUUUGUCCCCUUCCUCCAUACAAAGCAUGGUCAGCAGCAUUGCAAACCACACACCCAGUUUAGAUGGAACUGCUAGCACCACUGCUAACCCUGUGGUUACUAUGCAAAGCUCCUCCACCAUGUCCCCUCCAUCCAUACAAAGCAUGGUCAGCAGCAUUGCGAACCGCAUACCAAGUUUAGAUGGAACUGCUAGCACCACUGUUAACCCUGCGGUUAAUACGCAAAGCUCCUCCACCUCGUCCCUUCCAUCCAUACAAAGCAUGGUCAGCAGCUUUGCAAACCGCACACCAAAUUUAGAUGGAACUGCUAGCACCACUGCUAACCCUGCGGUUACGACGGAAAGCUCCUCCACCUCGUCCCUUCCAUUCAUACAAAGCAUGGUCAGCAGCAUUGCAAACCGCACAACAAGUUUAGAUGGAACUGCUAGCACCACUGCUAACCCUGCGGUUACUACGCAAAGCUCCACCACCUCGUCCCGUCCAUCCAUACAAAGCAUGGUCAGCAGCAUUGCAAACCGCAACCCAAGUUUAACUGGAACUACUAGCCCCACUUCUAACCCUGUGGUUACUACGCAAAGCUCCUCCACCUUGUCCCGUCCAUCCAUACAAAGCAUGGUCAGGAGCAUUGUAAACCGCAUACCAAGUUUAGAUGAAACUGCUAGCACCACUGUUAACCCUGCGGUUACUACGCAAAGCUCCUCCACCUUGUCCCCUCCAUCCAUACAAAGCAUGUUCAGCAGCAUUGCAAACCGCACAACAAGUUUAGCUGAAACUCUGAGCACCACUGCUAACCCUGCGGUUACUACGCAAAGCUCGUCCACCUCGUCCCGUUCAUCCAUACGAAGCAUGGUCAGGAGCAUUGCAAACCGCACACCAAAUUUAUCAGGAACUACUAGCACCACUGCUAACCCUGCAGUUACUACGCAAAGCUCGUCCACCUCGUACCCUCCAUCCAUACAAAGCAUGGUCAGCAGCAUUGCAAGCCGCAUACCAAGUUUAGCAGGAACUGCCAGCACCAUUGCCAACCCUGCCGUUACUACCGAAAGCUCCCCCAGCCUCGCUGUUAGCGCCUGGAUGAGCCCGCAGACACGGCCUCCUGAACCCCUCACUCCUUUGAUAAGGGGUGACUCACACACUGAUGUGCUUGUUGUGGCCCCAUCAUCACAACCAGAGGGAGAUGCUGGGCCCGCUGGACAAGAAAAAGGGAAAGAAGGCCUCUACCUUAAUAUGUUGGACGGCUCGGAUGAUGACGUUGACUCCGAUUCGUCAAAUGAGGAGGAACCUUUGGAAGUUUCAUCUGGACCUAACGGACAAAUGACAGUUGACCUUGCACACAACCGGCUCAACAACAACAAUGUCAUUUCCAACCUUUCAGCAAGUGUUAUACCCCCUCAGCCAGUCCCACCUGCUGUCCAAUCACCAAAAAUGGCAAAAUAUUACAAACAAAAGAUUCCAAGCCUUGCAACGAUUCGAGUGUCCAGAACGAAAGGGCAAGGCCCACACUCCAUUCCACAAAGUGGUGUGGCCCGAGCAAGCUGGCUGGAGACAUGGAAAGGCUUCAGACAUUAUGUAUUUUGGGGGACAUUUGAUGGACAGUUGAUGUCACUGCAGAAAAAACGAAAAGACUAUUUCAGCGAGAUCCUCUUCCACGUGUCCAGUAUCACUAACAUAAAGAAACUAGACAAGAGAAGGUUCUCGGUUUACUUCAAAAAGAAACAUUAUGACUUCAUGGCUCCCAGUGAUGAUAUUCAAGAAGGUUGGGUCCAGUCUCUCUUGGCGUCUCGGGGUCAACCGAGUCCCGCUGCACCGGAACUGCAUGGGCCGAUCAACAUCAAAGAUAUAAAAAGCCGGAACUACGCUGCCGUCUGCGGUCAUGACUUCUGGGUUUACCCCGACAAAGAUCGUUUCCAGCUAGGCCUGGCUUCCUACAGCAUUCCUCUGAACUUGGCAUCAGUCACGGCGACCGGAAAACACUCAUUUUCAAUGACCACGCCCUUCAAGACCAUACACAUGUCUGUUGAUUCAUCAAAGGAUCUUAAGGUCUGGUUAGACGGCUUGUCCUCAUCAAUCAGCAGUGCUCUGUCCAGCAGCCAGGUGGCGACGCGUCUAUGGAAAAAUCCCUCCAAUCAACAGUGCGCAGAUUGCAGCGCCGCCAAUCCUGAGUGGGCGUCGAUCAACCUGUUGCUUGUCAUCUGUGACAAAUGUGCAGGUCACCAUCGAAGUCUCAGCAGCACUCUCUCCAAUGUCCGGAGCCUAAAGAUGGACAACAAGGUUUGGACUGAACCACUCGUACAGCUGUUCGUUACAUAUGGCAACAGGCUGGCCAAUCAGGUGUGGGCGCCGCUGGUGCCCCUUUUCGAGCAGUUAAGACCAGAGUCUUCAGAUGAGCAGAGAUCCAACUUCAUCCAAGACAAAUACCGCAAGGGGCGGUACCGAAGAGUACAUGCGCUGGCGUCCUCUUCUGAUCUGAUGCAGCAGAGGAUGCGAGAGGUUGUCUGUGGCAGCGAUGUCGAAGAAACCAUGGCUCUUAUCUGCUCCGGGGCAAAGGUGUGUCAAUCAGAUCCUCAGAGCCCCUCCCCCAUCCAGCUGGCUGAGAGAGCCGGGCAAGCUCUGCAGGCAGAGAUACUUAAACUCAACGAGUAUACAGAGGUUCCACCUUGCCUUCCCAAGAUAGGGUACAGGCGAGCUGACCCCGUCCUCUCAGGUGAGGAAGAGGAGGAGCUCCAUGGCAAAUUGGAAGACGAUCGUUUCCUCUUUUCUUUGGAAAAUGACUCUGCGGCAUGUGACGUCCUCGACUUGCGAGAUGUUCUAUCGCUUUUCCGAAAAGACGGGCCAACCUUUCAGUUCGAGUUGGUCACUUUAGACAGUCGGCUCGUUUGUGUGGCUGAAAGCGAGGACGAGCUCUUGACGCACCUGGUCCACAUCCUUAAGGUAAUUCUGCCAGGGGGCGUGUCUUACGCAGAGGUGUGCGGGGCCUUAGCGGUUAGUAAAGUGUGUGUUGUUGAAGAGGGGUUAGCCACCAAUAAUCCCGAUGCUUGGUUGUUGCUUUGGGAUGGAGGCGUGAGCGUUCACCGUGAUCACAGACACUCAAAGCCGCCUCUCAUAAUGGAACUGAGCACGCUCAGUCACCACGAGGUUGAGCCAUCUGAAGACGCCAUCUCCAUGGUAUCCGGAGACAGGGGCGUUUCUCUGCACUUUGACGAGCACUACAGCUGCCAUAGCUGGUACCACCUCCUCCAGGAUGCUCUGGCCAAUCAGAACACUUCAAAACCUCCGGCCGCCAAUCAAUCUCUGUACCCAAUAGCAGACAUCGAAGUGAUGAGCUCGGUGCCGCUGGGCAUAGAACGCUGCAUCAAACACAUCCAAGACUACGGUCUGAAGGUGGAGGGCGUGUACCGCCGCUGUGGACGGGCCUCCAAGGUGUCACAACUGGUGGAGGCCUUGGUGAAAUCUCCGAGCUCCGCCUCUCUGGAGUCAGAUGAACAAGGUGUUUUGGACGUAGCCUCUGCCCUCAAACGAUACAUUCGCCAGCGGGAAGCGCUCUUCCCAGAGAAGGAAAAGAAGGACUGGAGACAGGCUGCAGUGAUUUCAGAUGAAGAGAAGAGGUGGUCAGCCUACCGCCAGUUGCUACAGCAACUCCCUGGUCAGCAGCGUGCGACGCUGGACGCCUUGUUUGGACAUUUUUACAUGGUUCAGACAUACUCCCAAGUCAACAAGAUGUCCGCCCAAAACCUGGCCCUGGUUCUGGUUCCCUCACUCUUCAACAGUUUGAGCGCCGAUCUGCUCAACAUGACCCGCGAGUUCAUCAUCCACCACGAGACGCUUUUUCCGACUCACAAACAGCAUCGCAGGUGAGGAAGAGCAGCAGAUCACAGUCCUCCGAAGAAGUUUGGGACGACAUGAAUACUGAUGAUCAAUUGUCUAAAGAGUUGGAAGACAUCAGCACCUUUUCCACCAAAACACCAAGAAGUUUAAAAAAAAAUUGUUUUAUAUAAUAAAUGAAAUAUGGAGAAUAGUAUAUCUCUACUAGGGUUGUACGGUUUACCGGUACAAAUAAAGUACCGCGAUACUAAUGAGUUAAAAACGGACUAUA